AUGGCCACCAAAACCGUCACACCUUUCAUCACCAGGUGCGCUUCCGUUAUCUCGACCGCCAACAUGGCUCCAGGUCUGGCUCGCAAGUAUGAAAUCAACGCCGAUAUGGGCGAAGGCUUUGGUCGGUGGAAAAUGGGACCAGAUGAAGAGCUGAUGCCGUUGAUCGAUGCUGCCAACAUCGCAUACUUGUUUGGCUUCGGUCGAAGGAAGAUCGAAGUUGAUACUGGAGAUAUGUACGCCAUGAUUCUCUACCAAGUAGGCUCCCUUAAAGCCAUGCUUGAUGCCGAAGGCGUGGAGCUCUCUCAUAUCAAGCCUCAUGGUGAACUCUUCUUCUACAUGCAAAGAGACACGGCCAUUAUGAGAGCAGUUCUGGACGCCUGCGCUACCUUCAAAGUUCCGGUCUACGCCUCUCAAAAUGCCGAACAAGAAGCCAUGUGCAACGAGCUGGGCAUUCCUUUCCAAGGCGAGGUGUAUGUUGACAUCGACUACUCCCCCGAGGGGAAGCUCUUACCAUUCGCAAAGUCCCGAGUUGCGACUCCAGAGCUGUGUUCUGAACGUGCCCUUUCGGCGACGAGGACGGAUACGGGAAAAGACAUCAACGGAACUCAGUUCAGUUUUGGUUUUGGAAACAAGCCGUUCAGCAUCUGCCUUCAUUCAGAUGCACCUACAGUCUUGGAAAAUGCCCGGGCAGUGCGAAAGGCAAUUGACGAAGCCAACAGAGACAAGUUUGCUUCUGUGGGGCCUCACCUAUGA